AUAGGUGUAACAAAACAAACGAUUAUUUAUUUUAAUCAAUUCUCUCGUUGUUUUUCAUUUGGGAGAAUUCAAUUUAUAAGUUAGAAUACCCGAAAAUGGAAGGUGAUGGUCAAGAAGAACCAUCUGCUUCUGCUUUCUGGUCAGUAAAUCAUGUAAAUGUAGGUAGCAAAAGAAAAUUCAAUCGUCACCGAAGAAGCCCUGCAUUUAAUCAAGAAGAAAUAAAGUGUUUGCUCAGAAUACUACAGAAGUACAAAACCAUAGUUUUCAAUAAAUCUACGAAUGCGUCUGCUAAUCGAGCGAAAGAGGUCGCUUGGUUGAAAAUAGCUAAAAUAUUCAAUAGACAAGGUUUCAAGCAUAGAAGAAGUGCAGAUUGUUUGAAGAUAAAAUGGGAUAAUAUGAAGAAGAAGGCUAGAUAUAAGUCUAAGAACUUGAUGGAUAUAAAUUAUGAAGAGUUUGAUGAGGCCACUAGUCAGAUGGUAGCCAUGAUGUGUGAGACUGAGAAUGGUGCCACUGCAGAUGAUCCUGUGGCAUCAGAUGGAGAUAUCAAUGAUACAAAACACAGGGAGGAAUCUACCACAAAUCAAUGGAAUGGAACUGAAGACAUGGAUUCUAAUGAUUCUUCUAUGGAUGGUGGUAAUGAAAACCAAAGGUUCCUGAACCGAUCAACUAAUUUUUCUCCUGAAGAGUGCAACCUAUUGUUACAAUGUGUGAGACAAGAGAAAAAUAUUGUAUUAUCAAACACAAACACAUCAAGUUUCAUUAAAUUAAAAAAUCGAGCUUGGGAUAGGAUAUCCAACUCAUAUAAUAAACUAAGUCCAGAAAAGAGGUCCACUAAAGUACUGCGCACAAAGUUCACAAAUAUGAAAAGAUUAGUCAAGACUGGAGGAAGUAUGAAACAAUAUUUUAAAGAAUUUACCAAGAAACAACCGCAACUUGAAGAAUCUGGCAGUAAAAUAAAAGCGGAGCCACUGUUCGAGCACAGAAGCAGUUUAGACGCCGACAAUGACAGCGAUUUGGAUGAUCAUAUAGGAACUGAUAUUAAUAGUGAUGGCAACACCACACUUGAUCCUUUGAGCACAGUGCUGAACAGUGAUUUAGGUCUUAGUUCGAUAAGUCAAUCAGAAAAUAAAGAAGUCGUGAGAUUAAAAAUAGAAUUAUUAAAUUACAAAUUGGAAACGGCUAAGUUAAAAAGGAAAAGAAUAGAGGAUUUAUUACAAGCUGAUGCAGUGGAACGCGAAGCUAAAGCUAGAGAGAAUUCCCUAAGACUUAGGGCUGCCAGACUAGAAGCCGUAGCUGCCGAGAUGAAACUACCCCCCUCGCACCCUGCACUCGCAUACACCCCGGAAGAAACUCCUGCGCAACAUUAUAUACAUCAAUACCAUACUACUUGAACAUAACUAUGUAAAAAUUGAUAAUUUUUGAUGAGCUAUCGUUGUUAAUAUUGAAUGGUAUUGAUCAGAUUUGCCACUAGUUGCUGCAAAAAAGUUUAGUUUCGACACUGUACUUAAAUAGUCCUAUGAUGGCAAAUUUUGUCAUUUAAAUUGGUGUACAUUCUUAACAACCAAAUGACACUGUAGUCCUAAUAUGACAAUUUUAACAUGGUUUAGAUUGGUUGUCAUUCCUAAUAAACUUACUUCAUUUGAAUCCUUUCUUACUGCUACUAUAUUUCUAUUUAAAAUCUUCUCAAAGGGCCUGUAUUUCAGGAGGUCCUCAAGAAAAUUAAUAUUCGUAAAAUAAAAACAAUAUUAUUUCUUGAACUUGACGACCAUCUAAUAAAUGUCAAAAUGGCCAGCAUACUGCGACACGGUUCAAUAAUGUUAAAAUAUUUUCAUCCCACCAUCUCGGAAAGAGUAGUUUUAUCCUUUGAUAUCUGAGCGCAAAAGUCGUUUUUAUCCUCUAGAGCGGCAAAGUGAUUUGAAUUUAGAACAUCGUGUGCAAUACUCCAUUUGUGACAAUCUUGAUAAGACUUUUCAAACAAAUACAUAUUAAACAAAUAAAAUACUGCUUAAAAUAAUUAUUCAAUUAAUUAAGUAAUUUUUAUUAUUGUUUUUACAAAGAUUUUUAACGUCGUUUCAUUUUUAAACUGAGUUUUCAAAUAAAUGAACUUUAAUAGGUACUGCUUUUUAAUUUGAUACUCAUAUGUGCGCGCCAUUUUGUUUUUUGCAUUUAGUAAUUUCCUCGAUGAGGUGGGAUGAAAAGUUACGUGUUGCACUCGAGUGCAAAGAUUUUUCACCUUGAGCUCUUUUGAUUCCCUCGCUAUCGCUCAGGAUUCUAAUUAUUGAAACACUCGCUACGCUCGUGUUUCAAUUUUAGAAUCCUUCGCUUGCUCGGUCAUCAAAAUUGUGCUCGCGGUUAAAAAGCAACUUUGCACUAUUGUAUAACAAAUAACUAUUAUUAAUUGAAAAUUGGUCUUGAUUGGUGCACUGGUAUGAAUCAUGAAUCAUCAUCAUCAUCAUCAUUUGUUUUUGCAACAUUACGCUCAACUAUAUUGUCAUAAAGUUGUUUUUUGUAUGGAACAAUGAUCUUGGUCGAAAUAUUUCCGGCCACUCUUAACAAAAGUUGUACAAAGUAGGACGAAGACUAAUAAGUUUUUUUUAUCGAUAAGCAAGUUUUCUGUUGUAUUAUUUUUAGGAUAAUUGAAUUCUGAGAUUUACUUAUUUUUAUACACAAACCACUAGUAGAUAUUUUAAGUUGAAUCAAGUCUGUGUUAAGGAAAUUGAAAUAAUUUACAAAUUAGAGAAAAUGCUAAAUGUUU